GAGUGUAAAAUGGCGCACAGCUGUCGGUGGCGGUUCCCCGCUCGGCCCGGAGGGAGCAGCAACUCCGGUACCGGGAGGAGAGCGGGCCGAAUCAGGGUUACUGCCUCUCUGCAGAAUGUCUCCGGAGCCCACCCUAUCGCUGCUGGGCUCGGACCCGGGUUUGAUGCUGCACUACAGGUCUCUUCGGUUAUCGGGAGCAACCUGCAGAAAUUUCGGGAUGUUUUGGGGGAAUCGAGUGACUCGAGCAGCGGGGAGGAUGAAGCAUUUGGAGGAUUUGGAACAGUUACUGAGCAGAAAAGAAUACAGAGCUCUUCAGCAACCUCUUCAGGCCCACCCCUGCAGGAGAAAAAGCCUAGAGGCCGUCCCCCAAGGGCCUUCACUGCCCAAAAAGCUGCUGCAAUGCAACCUUCCCCUUCCUCCCUUCCCUCUCCCACACAGGCCAAACCUGAGGGCCCUGAAAGGCCAGCUGAGAAGGUGAAAAGGCUGCCUGGCAGGCCACCUGGCACUGGGGAAAAGAGAAGAGGCCGACCCCCGUCUUCAAGUAGCAAAAAAGCUUGGACUACAGGAGGCCAUGCAGCAGGGGAGGACGGUAGGCCAGGUGGGUCUGAGCUGGGCAUGGCAACAGAGGAGGACAGUGACAGAAAGGGUGCCAAGAAGACACCCCAAGGCUCUGCUCAACCACACGACACCGAGGCAAAGCUUCCCAAAGGUGGGCGGGGUGAAUCCAAAGUUACCAACCUGAAAAGGCUAAGAGCGACAAAACUCGCCCCUCUCAAGUCACGGCUCAAGACAUUGCCUGGUGUACCCCGACGCAGACGUGGACGACCGCCCUCAGCUGAGCGUCUCAAAGCUGAGGCAGCAGCAGCUGCUGCUGCACAGCUCUCUACCUCCAUCGAAGGUGGGGAUGGGAAACAUAAAACCUUUAGGGGCAAAGGAGGUACAGAACAACACACUCCACAGCCACAGAGAAAUGUGGAUGGGGCUGAGGACCAGGACUCUUCCAAUCCACCUGCUUCCCCUUCUCCCUCCAAGCCAGGCAGAACAGUGGGCCUUCGAAAAAGCCCUCGCCACAGAAAACCUGUCAGAAUUGUCCCCUCAUCGAAACGCACUGAUGCAACCAUUGCUAAACAGUUGCUGCAGCGUGCUAAGAAAGGAGCACAGAAACGGCUGGAGAAGGAAGCUGGAGGUAUCGGAGGGAGUGGGACAGGAGCCGCUGAGGCCGGUAUCAGGAAGACCCAACUGAAGAACAUCAGGCAGUUCAUCAUGCCUGUUGUCAGUACUGUCUCCCUUCGCAUCAUCAAAACCCCCAAGCGCUUCAUUGAAGACGAGGGCAGCUUUGGAACUCACCCCCCUCAUAUGAAGAUAGCACGUUUAGAAGCAACCCCCCCACCUGUCUCAACCCCUGCUCCACCCACAUCGACCACCUCUUCUUCCCCUGCUCCUGUACUAGCCUCUUCUACACCUGCUGUUACUAACACUGGUACAACUGCUCCUGUUGACUCCCUCCCCCCUCCUCCACCUCCUGCUCCUACCCCCAGUGUUCCAUCAACAGCUGCCACUUUGCUCAACAGCAAUACUAACAACGCCAAUGCUAAUGGGCGAUUUAGCAGCAGCGCAGCGUCUUGUGGUUCUAGUGCUGUGUCGCAGCAUUCCUCCUCUGCAGAGUCUUCCAGGUCCAGCAGCCCCAGCUUGGAUGACUCCUCAUGCGAUUCCCAGGCCUCUGAGGCCACGCAGGCUUUGUCAGAGCCAGAUGAUCACUCUCCGUCCUCGCAGGGAGAGAGGGAGGCCAACCUGUUACACAGCUCACGGCCUCCCUCACCUCCCUCUGAACCGGAGCCAGAGCACCUGUUGGAGUUGAGUCGGCGUGGCCAGAGGGGACAGGGUGUCGGCAGAGGGAGCCAGAGGGUUAGAGAAACUGCGGGAGCUAAAAAGCCAAUCAUUAGCCCACCAACAGGAGUGCUGCUGUCCCCUUCUACACUUGUAAACUCUCAGCAAGCUUCAUCCACAGCCUCCUCUUCCUCUUCACCUCCACCUCCGCCUCUCCUCACCCCUCCACAGCCUCUGCAGUCAGCCUCCUCCAACGCUGCAAUCAGUGAACACCACCCACAGUCUCCCUGGAUAUCUCAUCCAAUCCCUCCGUUUCUCUCUGGACCGUCAGUUCUCUCCAGCUUGUCUGACAAACGAAGCCGCUCAAUUCUGAGAGAGCCCACCUUUCGCUGGACAUCCCUGUCUCACCCUGAACAUCAGUACUUUUCCUCCGCUAAAUACGCCAAGGAAGGCCUCAUCCGCAAGCCCAUAUUUGACAACUUCCGUCCUCCCCCUCUGACAGCGGAGGAUGUGGGGCUUUUGCCACAAGGUGUAGGUGGAGCAGGAGGAGCUUCUCCUGUUUCAUUCCCUGCACCAGGCAGUGGGUCAGGAGCAGGAAGUCGUCUUUUUGGCCCUCUUCAUACACAUACCCACCACCAGCAUCCCUCUUCCUCCCGCUUUGAUGCUCCACUCCAGAAGCGCAGCCCCCUGCUCCGUGCUCCCCGCUUUACACCCAGCGAGGCCCACUCUCGGAUAUUUGAGUCAGUUACUUUGCAGUCAUCUUCUGGAAGCAGCCCCGGCUCUCUCUCCCCACACCAGAUAUCCUCGAGCUCCAGCAGAGCAUCCCGGCGCAGGAGGAGGCUUGCGUCUGCAACACUCCGUGGCAACCCACGGUCUCCUUCCCACUCAAUGACCAGACGCAGCAGCCAAAUAGGAGGUCAGAUAUCCAUUGGGAAAGGGUCCUCUGAGAUGUCUGUGUUGACAGGCUCUGUCUCCAAUAGUAACUCCAGCUCUUUGCAAGGAGUUUCUGCAAGUCCACUCACCACUAGUGCCUUAACUCCUGCUUUCAGCACCUUUUCCACCGUCUCCCGGGGUCUGACCUCACAAGGGACACCAGAGAGCGGGAGGAGGGCUGCUGGAAACCCUCCUCCUUUGUCAACUACAUCAUCGUCUUCUCCCCCACUUUUCCACCUCUUCCCUUCCAGUGCACAAGACACAGGACGAGGAGCUGGGAAAGGAGGUAAAGAGAAAAGCGUAUCAGCAACACAGGAAUCUGCAGCGAAGGAAAAAGAAAGGGAUUCUGAGAAGAACAGAGAGAGAGAAAAAGAGAAUAAGAGGGAAGGGAGAAAGGAGUCUGAGAAAAGAAGUAAAGGUUCUACACCAGAUGGAUCCCCAAAUGUAUCUUCCGGUUUGUUUUCUGUGGAUGGGAGGGACUCAGAAGAUGCUCUUCCAACUCUUGCUCCAAAAAAGACUCCAGGAAGAAAAAAGUCAACGUCAGUCGACACAGCCACUGACACUGUGCCCUCAGAGUUGCGGAGCAUCCAUUCAACUGUUCCAGUUUCCAUUGCUAAAGGACGUUUAGUUAAGAAAGGCAGACCGUCGGAGAAAGGAGUAGAGGUGGAGGAUGGGGAAAAGGAGAAAGAGAAACAAAGUGCUUCUAACCAGCAGACUGCAAGCCUUCCAGGGCAGCUGGGCAGGCAUCUCCCUGUUUCCUCUCUAGGACCAGUGCUGGAGCAUGCAGAGAAACAGCCUGUGACAGACAAACGGGUGGUUGGACUUUUAAAGAAGGCCAAAGCUCAGCUCUUUGAGAUCAAGAAGAGUAAGAUGAAGCCUGCAGAGCAGACCAAGGUCCAGGGUCAAGAGAGUGACUCGUCAGAGACCUCAGUCCGCGGUCCACGCAUCAAGCAUGUCUGUCGUCGUGCAGCUGUGGCUCUCGGCCGUAACCGGGCUGUUUUCCCUGACGACAUGCCCACACUUAGUGCCUUGCCCUGGGAGGAGAGAGAGAAGAUCCUAUCUUCCAUGGGGAAUGAUGACAAAUCGUCAGUAGCAGGCUCUGAGGAGGCAGAGCCUCAGUCCCCUCCCAUAAAGCCACGAGAGACACGGCAAAAGGCUGUUCAAGAAGCUCCUCCUAAGAAGGGGCGACGGUCCCGGCGCUGUGGCCAGUGCUCAGGAUGUCAAGUUCCUGAAGACUGUGGUGUUUGUACUAACUGCCUGGACAAGCCUAAAUUUGGAGGACGGAACAUUAAGAAGCAAUGCUGCAAGAUGAGAAAGUGUCAGAAUUUGCAGUGGAUGCCCUCAAAGAUGUUUCUUCAGAAGCAAGGCAAAGGCAAGAAAGACAAGAAAAAGAACAAGUUGUCUGAGAAGAAAGAGGGUCUCAAUCCAGUAAAAGGGCCAACCUCCGAGUCCGGCCCUAAAGCCUCUCCUGCACCACCAAAGGAGGAGCCUCCUCGUAAAAAGAGUGAAACGCCACCACUCAGGUUGGUGGAAGAGAAGUCAAGACAGCAGCAGCCAUCUUCAAAGCAGUCAUCUCCUGCCCUUGCAUCCUCCCCUGCCCCAGCUGAACCCCCCCAGGCCCCCAGCACAGCCACAGCACCCACUCAGUCUCCAGCCCUGACACCAGACACCAAGCAGCCCUCUGUCACGAGUGGUAUAACCAGCAAGAAGGGACACAAAGGACAGCAGUCUGUACCAACAUCCUCGUCAUCGUCACCCUCAUCCACUUCUUCUUCUUCUUCUUCUUCUUCUUCGUCCUCGUCAUCUUCCUCCCCAUCAUCUUCAGCACAGAAUUCCCCUGCCCAGUCUACACAAUCUCAUCAACCAUCACAACAGCAGCAACGGCCGCUUACUAGUCAGGCACCUUCAAAAAAAGAUGCUCCAGCCAAAACUCCUGUGAGCGAACCCAAGAAAAAGCCCCAACAGCACUCAUCACAACAGCAAAGCUCAACAACUACGACUUCAGACACAGUUGAAUCAAAACAAUUGAAGAAGCCAUCAUCCCGCUCUGUUCCUCCGUCUCCUAAACAGAGAACAAAAGAUAAGCAACCGCUGACCACUAAACCCCCAGGCAGCAGUACUUUAAACUGGCUGAGCACUCCCUCGACUAGGGGCCAGACCAAGUCCAGAGCACCCUGCGACGGAGUGCAUCGUAUCAGAGUGGAUUUCAAGAGGGACCAUGAUGUUGAGAAGGUGUGGGAGGCUGGCGGCCUCAGCCUGCUCACCUCUGUGCCUGUCACACCCAGGGUGCUCUGCUUCUUGUGUGCGAGCAGCGGAAAUGUAGAGUUUGUCUUCUGUCAGGUAUGCUGUGAACCCUUCCAUCUCUUUUGCCUGGGGGAGUCGGAGCGCCCUCUCCAGGAGCAGUUUGAGAACUGGUGUUGUAGAAGAUGCAGAUUCUGCCAGGCCUGUGGACGCCAGCAUCAUAAAACUAAACAGCAGCUGCUAGAGUGCGAUAAGUGCCGAAACAGCUACCACCCGGAGUGCCUGGGUCCCAACCACCCUACCAGACCUACUAAGAAGAAGCGAGUCUGGAUUUGUACCAAGUGUGUGCGCUGUAAGAGUUGUGGAGCCACUAAACCUGGGAAAUCCUGGGACGCCCAGUGGUCACAUGACUUCUCCAUGUGUCAUGACUGUGCCAAACUCUUUGCAAAAGGAAACUUCUGCCCACUCUGCAAUAAGUGCUAUGAUGACGAUGACUACGAGAGCAAGAUGAUGGAGUGUGGCCGCUGUAACCACUGGGUUCAUGCUAAGUGUGAGAAUCUGACAGAUGAAAUGUACGAGCUGCUAUCUAAGCUGCCAGAGAGCGUCGCCUACACGUGUACCAAAUGUACCGACCGCCAACCGUCUGAGUGGAGGAUGGCACUGGAGAGGGAGCUUCAGGGCUGCGUUCGCCACGUCCUUACAGCACUGCUCAACUCACGCACAUCUUCACACCUGCUACGCUACAGACAGGCGGUGAAGCCUCCAGAGCUGAACCCGGAGACAGAGGAGAGUCUUCCAUCCCGUCGUUCCCCAGAGGGCCCAGAUCCUCCAGUCCUGACAGAAGUCGCCCCAACACCUCCUAGUGACUCCCCUCCAGACCUGGAGUCUGUUGAAAAGAAGAUGGAUCAAGGUCGCUACAAUUCAGUGCUGGAGUUUAGUGAUGACAUCGUCCGAAUCAUUCAAACGGCCAUCAACAGUGAUGGAGGCCAGCCUGAGAGCAGAAAAGCAAACAGCAUGGUCAAGUCAUUCUUCAUCAGGCAAAUGGACCGAAUCUUCCCAUGGUUCAAAGUGAAAGAAUCAAGGCUUUGGGAGAGGCAAAACGUCUCAGCCAACAGUGGGCUCCUCCCGAACGCUGUGCUGCCCCCAUCUCUAGACCACAACUAUGCUCAGUGGCAGGAGAGACAGGAGCUCUCACGUGCAGAAAAUCCACACCCCAUGAAAAAGAUUAUCCCAGCUCCCCGACCUAAGACUCCUGGUGAACCAGACUCUCCAGCCUCCCCUCCUCCACUCCCACCAUCUCUGCUCCCACCAACCCCACCCCUACCUGAUCGUGAAGACAGCCCUGAGCUUCCUCCCCCACCGGGUAUUAGUGAUAACAGACAGUGUGUUCUGUGUCUGAAGUAUGGAGAUGAGAACACUAAUGAGGGAGGCAGACUGCUGUACAUCGGUCAGAACGAAUGGACACAUGUGAAUUGCGCUCUGUGGUCUGCCGAGGUGUUUGAAGAUGAUGACGGCUCGCUGAAGAACGUCCACAUGGCUGUUCACAGAGGAAAACAGCUGAGCUGUGAGAAGUGUCAGAAGCCAGGGGCCACAGUCAGCUGCUGUCUCACCUCUUGCACCAGUAACUACCACUUCAUGUGCGCCCGCCAGAGUCACUGCAUCUUCUUAGAGGACAAGAAGGUCUACUGUCCUAAGCACCGAGACCUCAUCAAGGGGGAGGUGGUGUCUGGAUUUGAGGUGACUCGCAGGAUCCUUGUGGACCUGGAGGGGAUCAGUCUCAGGAGGAAGUGGCUGGCAGGUCUGGAGCCUGAAAAUGUCCAUAUGAUGAUAGGCUCCAUGACCAUUGAUUGUUUGGGGAUACUCACUGAGCUCUCUGACUGCAAAAGCAAACUCUUUCCUGUAGGAUACCAGUGUUCGAGGGUGUACUGGAGCACUUUAGACGCUCGUAAGCGGUGUGUGUAUACCUGUAGGAUUCUGGUAUGUCACCCUCCAGUGGUUGAGUCUGACCUUAAAAACAUGAUGGCUCCAGAGGAGAAUCGCACAAUAGCACACAGUCCUCCCAUAACAGACUUUCCUGAUCCAUUUGAAUCACCAAGGCGCUCUGACACCCUUUCACCUUCCAACACCCCCAAGCUCAGGGUUUACACCAGGAAUAGACACCCCAGCUACCCCCCCUGUCAGCGUUCACUAGGCCCCAGGCCAAUGCCCUCACCAGGAGGUAAUUCUCAGCCCCUAAGCCAUGAGAUUCCGACUGUAGGAGACUCACUGGUGAACUCAAGCAUGCGCAACAUUGACUCACGCCGCCACAGCUCCCCUUCUCUCUCCCCACCUCCCCACCAGCUGAACAGACAGAGAGGGAUGACCUCCCCACUCCAGAUUUUAUCACGCCCCCUUACCUCACCACCACCCCUCAUCCCCUCCCCUGCCAGAGACCCUGAAAGGUCCAAACACCUCAGCAAAGACUCUGCAAAGAGUCCAGUCCAGAGAGAUGAUGAAAGAGGCAGGCUGUUCUCCUUGGACGGAAACCGAUCACAGCCUUCCAGGAACCAGGGCUCAAGAGAUACAGACAAGGGGAGAGCGUUGAGUCAAGACCAAGCCUCUAAGGUUUCUGACAAGUAUAAAUCUUCCAGGGAACUUGGGCAGAAAGACUCUGACAAAGACAUAAUACCAACCAAAGAGCCAGAGAAGAGGAGAGCAUCUAGUAAAGACUCAGGUCUGAAAGAGUCUAUAAGAGGAAGAACUCUCAGUAGAGAUCCCUUGAGAGACUCAGAAAAGGGGAGACAAGCAAACAGAGACUCUGAGAAGGGGAGACAUUCAAGCAGAGAGUCAAACAAUCGAGACAGAGAAAAGAACAAAUCAUUGGCCAAGGAUUUGGAAAAAUCUCGCUCCCUCAGUAGCGACAUAUGUGUGAGGGACUCUGAAAAGCAAAGACAAUGUAGCAGGGAAGCAGGAAAAGACUCAGGUCAAAUUAAAGACAGACUGUCCAGCAGAGACUCAGACAAGAGUAAACCUCCCUUUAGAGAUUCCAGUUACAGAAGCACAGAGAAAAACAAAGACUCUGGAUCGGGGAAGGAUAGUAACCCUGGCAGUCAGUCCAAACAGGCUGGAGGUGAAAGUAAGAGCCUCAGACUGGCACCUGCAGGCUCAGGUCAGUCCUCCCCUCCUGUUGGCACUGCUGUCCUCACAGCUCAGCAGAGAGGUGGAAGCACCAAGCAAGCAGACAAGCAAGUGAAACAUGGAGGCAAAGAGCAGGACGUUUCACAGCCUCGACACAGGUCCACCCCCACCUCUAACAUGUUCCAGUCUAAGGACAAGCCCAGCUCAGGGAAGGAGAGUAGUAGUGGCACUGGAAAUAAAACGCCAGCUUCACUUCAUAAGGACUCAGCUGUUGGGAAAUCUGGCUCCCCGCAGUCAUCAUUUCAGAAGUCAUAUGCACGCAAAUCGAAUGAUUACUCAUCAGGUCCGGCUACACCAGCAGCUUUGAAGCCUGUGUGGCCAUCGAGGACACCAGCAGAAGAAGACGUCAAGCAGGGCUCAUUGCACCUUUCCUCCCCGGCUGCAGCCUCAGCUGCCAAAGACAAACACCCCAAAGCAAAGACGGUAGGCAGCAGAGAGGUGUCCAAAGACCGCGAAAGAGAGAGGAGUCUCCAAAAUAGUAACAGCACCUACAAGAUCCCUCUCCUCAACAAUAACACGAAAGCUACCGGCAGCUCCAACACCCAUGCAACACACCCCAGCUCCCACAACAGCAGCAAUAGCAAAGCUCCAGUGCUCGGAAACAGCACCAAAGCCCACAUGAAGGCUCAGGGGGAGAAGCAGGAGAACCAGGGAGGAGACAGGUCAUCGUCCAAGAGCAGAGAAAACUACUCCUGUCCUGAGAGGAAGAACACCUCCAGUUUGGACAGCUUACAGCAGCUACAGCAGGGGGGAGUAGCUCCAGAGAAAGGAGUGAAGACAUCCUCUCAGUCUCACACCAAACCAGCAGGUAACCAGCUCCAGAGAGACAAGAAGAGAUCAAGUAAACCUCCUGCUGUAACUCCACUUAAGACUGAUAUCAAGACUGACCCAAAUGGGACCAGCACAGUUGGUGGUCUUCCUUCCUCCUGCCCUACUACCACCACCACCACUACCUCCACUGUCUCUCCUUCCACUCAGGGCACCUGUCGCUCUGCCCGCUCUGCUCUCUUUUCCUCACCCUCUACAAGCAGCAGCGACAGCUCUGAAUCCGACACCCAGACUCACACAGAGGAAGACGAUUUGCACAAAGACCGCUUACCUGGUGAGCACCGAGACCGCCACAGCCUUCCCGCUCAAGGCACAGAGGAUGAGAAUGAUGGCCCAGAGGACGACCACGGCAGAGGGAUGGAUGUUAAACAUCACGAGGAUGACAGCGAUGGAUCUGGGUCCACCAAGCGGCGUUACCCUCGACGCAGUGCCCGUGCACGCUCCAACAUGUUUUUCGGCCUCACGCCUUUGUACGCCGUUCGCUCGUAUGGUGAGGAAGACCUUCCCUUCUACAGCAGCGGUGAUGCAGCAGGAGCCAUGGUUAAGCGGAGGACCAGUGGUCGAAAGAAGUCAGCUGAGGGGCAGGUGGACGGAGCAGAUGAUAUGAGUUCCUCCUCUUCUUCAGGGGACAGCGGAGAGGAUGAAGACAGUGGAACUAAACAGAGGGGGAAAGACCCAUACUACUACAACUUCACCAGAACCAUAAUAAACCCUGGAGAGGGUCUGCCGUCUAUAGAGGGCAUUGACCAAUGUCUGGGGAGGGGUUCCCAGCUUCAGCGCUUUCUCAAAGAUGAAGAACAACAACAACAGAGAGCUCAAGGAAAAGUUGAAGAGGACAUGCUGAGUGCUUUAACCUUGGGAAAGCAGCAUAUUGGCCAGCUGGAUGGUGUUGACGACGGCUCAGAGAGUGAUACUAGCAUCUGCACCACUAGCACAACCACCACUACAGCUACGUCCUCCUCCACCCCACACAAGAGUACACCAAGGAGAAGAGGCAGAGAAAGGCACACCGAGAAAACGGACUCUCAUGACACAAGCAAGGAGGCUGACAGCAGCGCUGGAGCAGUGAGCGGGAACACGCGAGAGGGCAGAAAGAACCAGAAAGAAAACUGUCUUCCUUUAGGAGGUGGAGUCAAGUCCCAGCCUCAGGCUCAGGGUCAGGAUCCUCUGGAGGCCCAGCUGUCCCUCAGUACAGACCUGCUGAAAUCUGACUCGGACAACAAUAACAGUGAUGACUGUGGCAACAUUUUACCGUCAGACAUCAUGGAGUUCGUCCUUAACACGCCGUCGAUGUCAAUGCAGGCUCUGGGUCAACAGUCAGAGCCGUCGUCCUCGGAGCUGCUGCUGGAUGAGGGAUAUGUUGGAGUGGAUGUAAACCGGCCUAAAGACAUUCUGUUUGAUGACUUCUCUCAGCCGCUGCCCAGCACUGAGAGUGGCGGCGUUGUGGAGAGCAGCGUGAACAGCUCCAUAUCUGUAGAGGAGCCGUAUCUUCCUCUAGAGCUGCCGUCAGAUCUCUCUGUUCUGACCACACGCAGCCCGACUGUUAGCACCAGUCAGAACCACACUGCUGCUGGGAGUCUCAUCUCUGAAACCUCAGACCGCACCAUGCUGGGCCUGACCUCUGACCCUGACACUAUCAGCAGAGAGAAGAGUGGGGACAAAAAAGCACCAUCAGAAAACCAGCAUGAAGCCUCUGCUUUAGGAAACAGGGAUACACAGGUCACUGAAGGUCACAUGACCCCUGAGCAGUUUAUUCCCAGCCCUGCCAUUGGACAGGUAGUUGAACCUCCAGGUAACCAGGAUGUUCCCAGGAGUUCUGCCACCCCUGGUUUGCCAAGCUCUCCCUCCCUGCCACUUCAGGGUCAGAAGUACCUGCAGACAUCAGCUGCAGCUGCAGGCAGCCCCAGUCCUGUUCCUGCCCCAGGACCAUCGCAGUCACAAGUUUCCAGCCCAGCAGUCAUAAAAUCGGGGCCAGACAAGCUCAUUGUCGUCAACCAGCAAUUUCAGCCUCUGUAUGUUCUUCAGACAGUUCCUAAUGGUGUCACCCAAAAAAUCAAUGCUGCAGGAGUGAUGGAAGCUGGCUCUCCUGCUGUGCUGAGCUCCAUGACACUCACCACAGGGCUGAACACCGGUUUAUCCAUGGCUCAGCCCAUUUUUCCAACUGGUGGUAAAGUCCUUGGCACUAUGCCUCACCCUUCCCAGAUUCACACCUUCACAGGAGCCACCAGGACAGGCUUCCAGACAGGAAUCCCCAGCACCACCUCUGGGCUUCUCAUUGGGCUGCCCCCACAGGCUCACGACCAGUCCCAAAUUCUGGUCUCAGAAGCAGGUCGUCCACACGAGCUAGGGCCCAAUGUUGCCAUCGUGUCCAGUCCCUCCUCCCUCACCUCCACCCCGACUGUACUCGCCUCAGCUCAUGGCAAGAAGAGGCCUAUAUCUCGACUUCAGCCGAGAAAAAGCAAAAAGUUGGCCCGCUCCCGUAGCCAGCCCACCCUGGCUCCGUCUGAAGUCGCCCCACCAAACAUGACUCUUAUAAACCUGUCCUCUCCUCAAAUUACCGCUAGCAUCCCUGGGCAGCCUGGGAGCCUGGUGGAGCUAAGCGCUCUCUCCACUUCUCAGCGCAAAGUACCAAAUAUCAUCAAGCGGCCCAAAUCAGGAGGAGUCAUGUAUUUGGAACCAACCACUCUCCUUCAGCAGAGGAUUUCUGGUACAGCGCAGUCCAGUAUCCUGGGUCAUGAUUCCUCCACUCACCUUCUUCCUUGCACUGUCUCUGGUCUCAGCCCCAGUCAGUCUGUGUUGAAUGUUGUGUCUGUGCCCCCUAGUGGUGCUGCAGGGCCUCUAGCUCCAGGAUCAGUGUCUCUCUCUACACCUGUCCUCAGCUCAGGAGAGAUCACAGGGCCGAUUAGCAAUCUGCUGUUUAAAGCCAAUCCACAUGGCCUGAGCCUGUCUGAUCAGCCAAUGGUCCUUCAGUCAGCAGGUGGCGCUCCUCUGAUGUCACAGCUCAGCUCCACCGUGCAGACAUCCAUAGCCAGCAGCAUCUGUGUCCUACCCUCUCAACAGACCAUCAGCAUGGCUGUCAACCAGCACAGAGAAUCAGAGGGCAGCAGCAUCCCCUUACAGCCACAGUCUCCGGCUAUAAACAGAGCGCAGGCGAUGGACUCCAGUCCAGGCACCCCUGUUACUUUAGCCCCCAGCCCUUUGAGCCCAGCCAAAGGACGUGUUGUUGGAGUGUACACCCAAACCUCUGCACACUCCCAGAGCAGCAGAACAGCUCCUAUUUCCACAUCAUCAGAACAGAGACCUAACUCUGCUCCAUCAGUGUCAGUUUCUGGAUCAGACAAAGGCAAACAGAAAACAAAGAGGAGCAGGCAGACCUCAGACACAUCCAGCGGCAAGAAGUUCAAGGCCUCUCAGUCAGAGGAGCACCACAGCAACCCUGCAGGACGACCACACUCAAACCCAAGCAGUUUGAGAGAGCGGAGCUCCCCUGAACCCAUGGACACAGGAAAGCCAGCAGACAAGACAGCAAACAAGAGUAUGCUUGGUAAAAAGAAGAUAUCUGAGGGUCCUGUUGUGCCGGGGAAAGUGGUGGGAAAAGAUAAACCAUCUGCAGCAGGGGGAGCAGGUUCUCUUCCUGUGGCUUCACCACCUGACCAGGACGGCAACAGCAAAGAUACAGCUUUGGAUAGCAAACCCAAGAAAGGCAUUGUUUUUGAAAUCUGCAGUGAAGACGGGUUUCACAUCCGCUGUGAGAGUAUAGAGGAGGCCUGGAAAUCUCUGACUGAUAAGGUGCAGGAAGCUCGCUCCAAUGCUAGACUCAAAGAGCUUUCUUUUGAAGGUGUGAAUGGUUUAAAGAUGCUGGGUGUUGUCCAUGAAGCAGUGGUCUUCCUACUUGAGCAGCUGUAUGGCUCCAGACACUGUCGGAGCUACCGUUUCCGCUUCCACAAACCAGAGGAAACCGAUGAACCUCCCAUCAACCCUCACGGAUCGGCUCGAGCAGAGAUCAACCACAGGAGGUCUGUAUUUGACAUGUUCAAUUUCUUGGCCUCAAAACACCGCCAGCCUCCUGAAUACAGGCCGCAAGAAGAAGACGACGAUGAAGGGCAACUCAGGACUGCCAGGCGUGCCUCCAUGGAGCUCCCACUAGCCGUGAGAUUCAAACAGCUCAAGACAACUUCUAAGGAAACAGUCGGAGUCUUUAGGUCUCCCAUUCAUGGCAGAGGUCUGUUCUGCAAGAAAACUAUCGAUGCUGGAGAGAUGGUCAUUGAAUACUCUGGAAACGUCAUUCGGUCUGUGCUCACUGACAAACGGGAGAAAUAUUACGAUGGCAAGGGGAUUGGCUGUUACAUGUUUCGCAUCGAUGACUAUGAAGUAGUAGAUGCCACAGUGCAUGGCAACGCUGCCCGCUUCAUCAACCACUCCUGUGAGCCCAACUGCUACUCUCGGGUCAUCAUUGUGGACAGCCAGAAGCAUAUCGUCAUCUUUGCUUCUCGCCGCAUCUACUGUGGAGAGGAGCUCACCUACGACUACAAGUUCCCUAUAGAGGAUGCCAGCAACAAGCUGCCCUGCAACUGUGGAGCGAAAAAGUGUCGCAAGUUCCUCAACUGAGGCUCUGUUUUUCAGCGAUUGAAAGAGGACUGCAGGUCUGCUGAGCGGAGGGCUCCAUAGAAGGGUUCGCUGUGGCUUCACACUGAUUCAAGCAGGUCCACACUUUACAACAGGGCCUGAGCUCUGCUGGUGUUUGCAGAUCACAGCAAAGACAGACCGUACUGUAUAUACAGAACAGGCCAUUUCGGAGGAGGGGCCAUUUGUAGAAAUUCCAACAUAUUGUGCCUCCUUUUCUCUCAUUUAAAUUUGGCUAGGGAAGCUCCACCUUCAGAGGUGUGUAAUGAAACGGUUUGAGCCUUCACAUCAUUGCAAUAUUAACUCUAAUUUACAUUUGGGUGACAAAGUUACUCAUUCAUAAUGUUUUUACAUUGGCCCAUCCUCCUUAAUUUUCUAUAAUAUGUUAUGGUCCACUACUGCUGAGAUGUGAACAAAAAAAUCAAAGAACUUGGUUCCAUUUUACACCAAAGUGCAAUUUGUUGUUGGGAUUUGGAAGAGUAAUUUUAAAAGAAAGAAAAAUUAGAACCUUAUUAGAAUUCCUUUUUCUUUUUUAAUCUCAGUGUCAGCUUUUAUUGAUGCACAUCUCCUUGUCUGAAUGUGCCCUGAUGCCUUCAGAGCUGAUGUUAAUUGGUGGAACCCUCCCCUGACUGGGCUUUUUUGUUUUUCAAAAAGCUGGGGACACUGUAAAUAGGAGCUGCUAAAGCAGCGUGAUGCGAGCUGUACAGGUGGUAACACUAGGGGGAGCAGUGACCACAGAGACAGAGCAAAAAGACACAAGAGGGGUAGAAAUAAAGAUAUGUUUGAUAAAAAAGGUUAGGUUGACAUAAUGGCUAUAUCAUUUAGUGAUACCAGCCCCUGCAUUUAGAUGGAACGGUAGUCUGACACCUUGGUAGCUAUGUAGACGUGUUGUUGAUGGGAUUAAGCCUCUGGCCUGAGAGAGUGAGGCAGCUUGAGACUCUGGUGGACUGACAGGGACUGGAGAACCCUGCUGAUGUGCUUUAGUAGAUAUUUGUUAUUAAUUUUUGGAGUUGUGAUCCUGUAACAGCCAUGGAUCUGAUAUAAACAAACAAGUGUUUGUGCAUGCUGUUGUUAUCUUCAGACUUGUUAUUGGUAUAAGCUUGGACCUUUGAGUCACGUUCCAAAUUACAGCAGCAAACAGAACCAAACAUGUCGCCCUUGAAUUGAAUUUCACAAAGCUUGUUUUCCUCUUGGCCUAUUUUGAUAACCGUUACUAUGUAAUAUGUGUUUUUUUAUUUGUAUUAAGUCUUUUAAAAUCUGUUAUCUGUCUUUUAUUACGGACAGGGAAAUAAUCAUGCUUGCUUUUAAGAAAACAUGUAAAUAAUGUAUAUUUUUCUACAAAAAGACUUAAAAGCACUCACUAGUGAAUAGCACUUAAUGAUGGUAUUUAUAUUUUUAAAAAAAUCGUAUUUAUUUUAUUGCCAUUUUGUAGGAAAUAGAGGUUUACAAACACUAAUGCUUGGUCUCUAUGUUUUGUAUUCCGCUGCCUUUUUCGAGUUUUUUUUCUUUAUAUCAUGUUUUUUUUUCUUUCUUUUUUUAAUUUGUAGUCUGAAUGUUUUCUUUGAUUCCAAAGACUGACACUGGUCUGUGGCUUGGUCCCUUCUUUAGUUCAGUCCACCAGUAGCUCUUUUAUCUAUCCAAGGCCAUUGGGUCAGAGCUGACAGGUUCUCUACAUUGUUUGUGUUAUAGCUGGCAGUACGGCAGUUCGUGUGAACUAUUAUUAUGCACUUGAGAGAGUUAAGAUUGUUGAUCCAGAACAGAUAUCUCCUCUCUCCAGCCUUAUCUUCUCCACACCACUUCAAGCCAAGAAUCAAGCCCACUUUUACAAAGUCACUUCAAAAUGAUUCGGCUUUUUGUAUCACUAAUCAAUAAUUGUUUGGCAGGCAUGCAGCCGAUUGGCAUAUGAAUAAAUUUAACUCAAGUCCCUUCAUUUUAACCAGUUUGUCUCUACAAAGACUCCAUUUUUAAUAAAGAGGUGCCUUUAUUUUAAUGCUCCAACACCAUCUGUCACACAUCCAUUAAGCCACCACUUUAUAAGGAAAAAUCAUUCAUUCCCCUAAGAACUUCUCAGUUUGUAACAAUCACUUUCAUUCUUUCAUUCAGUCCUUUGUUCAGUUAAAUUAUUUUCUCUAUAACAAGCCUUUUUGGACUGACAGGUUCCUCUAUGUGACCACAUGACUUUGCCAUAGUUCUUGAAUAAAGUUCCUUUUUUAUAUUUUGAAUGUCCGCCAUUCAUGCUGAUAGGUCGUCACUCCCACAAUGCUCCUGGUCGUAAACCCGAACCACUCAUGGUUUUGGUACUUUUGCAGUGACAAAGGCACUGACUAGGCAUAGGAAAACACCUCACCUCUCUUUCAACAGGCAGAUGCAACUCCAAUGCUGAAAACACAAGCACACAUAGCCACUUAGGAAGUUUGUGCAUGAGGCCCUGAUAUAAAAUCUAAGCUUGGUCAACUUGGAUUGGUCCAGAAUAAUCCUGAAAGCGGCAGAUGAGGCUCUAGCAAAGUGCACUUGACUCUUUCUUUUCUGCAACAAAGUGAAGGCAGGGACCACACCAGCAGUCCGUUCCUUCCCGAAGGGGUAGUGUGUGCAAAGCCUGUGCUGUGCUUUUACAUUUAGGGUCUUGGACUCAGUCUUGAAGGCCCAUUUUAUUAACUGACAGGCUGGCUAUGCGGUUGUACAGCUGCACCUUCAUCGGGCUGGCUGGGUUCUGCUGCUAAGGUCAACAAUGAAUGUAUAUUCCUCCUCAGCAUCAUCAGAUGAUGAUGAUGUCGAUUUUUGUCAGCUACAUUUUGUUUUCAGUUCGUGUGUCAACUAGUAGAUAAGACCUCAUACUGGGCGUCAGCAGCAGAAUAAUCCAGAAGUGUGAACAGUGAUGGCAUUUCUGUCUGUAGGACAUCUUGUUUGUACUGGGUUAGCUCCAAACUCAACGCUAGCAUCGUUAACAACAUUUUAACCGAUGCAAAGGGCUCUGUCUACGACUUUCACUUCUCAAGAUCUACUUCUAAUGAGGGUCAGAUGGUUCAGUGAUCAAUAACUCAUUUGUUUCUCUGAUAUACAAUAAGGGAACGGUCUCUGUUGUUUCUUUGGAAUUCAUUUACCACGCCACACCAGUGGCCCUUCUCCGUCAUUCUCUGUAAUUAUAGUAUAAAUACAUAACAAUAUUAUACGGAAACAUGCAUAGCAAUUUCUUGUACUUUAGUAUCUAUACAAUAUAUGGAAUGGACAGACAAACUUAGUUACAGUAGCAAAACAGCAGAUUUAUAAUGGUUAAUAGCAAUGUUUCAAUGUACUCUAUAAUGGUUUUGUGUUGCAGUACUAUCAGAUGAAACUAACGUGCAUCAUUCUUUUGUAUAUUAAUAUCCGGUUCCAGUUUUGCCGUGCCUGUGUGCGCUCCUUCCCUUGCAAGGAGCGCUGCAGUUUAACUUUUUCAUUUCUUUCUGGAAAGGAACGGUUUUUAUGUGAUCAGAAAUGUAACUGUAUUAAUGUGGUUGUGAACUUUAUUGGGGUCAGCCAUUCUGUUUUAUUUUUGUUUGUUUUUUUCCCCUCUGGUUGUUGUAGUGAAUGUUUUUUUCUGUUUAUUUCUUUGUAUGUUUUAACAGGGACUUAUAGAUGGCUUACUUGAUGUGCUAUAAAUUAAGAGUUUGGUUUGUGGAGACUAAACGGAAAGAUCCCACCAAAAUGGUGUUUUUCAUUUUGGGAAGAAAAAAAAAAAAAACCUCUCUUGUCUCCAAGAUCACCACUCUCUCCUCCGAAGCUUUUGUUAUACUUAUCUAGUACUGUUUUUAUAGAAAGUCAUAAUGCUGAAGUAAUGCUGAUGUUGAAAACAUUUAAUUUAUUUAUUUUGUGCAACAUCCACCCUGAAUCGUUCUUUUUACAAGUCAAGGUUUGGGAGAGCUAGGAAGAGUACGUAACGUGUGUUUGUAAUUUUCUAAUAGUUUCUUGUUUAUAGAAGUUAUCAGCCUGGGUGGGGAUGUUGUGACGGGGAAGCUGAUGGUAGGAUGAACAAAAAAAAGAGGGAUCGUGGAUCAUGAACAGGCUCGUUUUUAUGCCUUGAACAUACCUUUGUCUUAUCAAUAUUCCUCCUGCUCUCUGUAAUAACUGUCAACAGUCAUUUUUUUUCCUGUUUUAACAGUGUUAUUUCAAUACACAAUAACAAAAUGAAGGAAAACCACAACCGUGAAAAUGAACCACAAACUACUUGGUUGAAUGUAUAAUUAGGACACAAAGUUGUACAUAAGUGUAAAAAGAAAAGUUUCUAAUCAUGUUUAUUUUCUAUGCACUUUUUUAUUUAAGUGAUAGUUUAAAUAAUAAACAUGUCUCCUUUA